UGUUUUCUUCUCGUUUCUUUCCAUGGCUCAUUUGUGUAUAUUGGCUUGGAAUUAUCGCACUUUUGGAGAGGUUUACUCAGUCCUUGAGUAAAACCAAUUUGGCCUCCAACAUAUGACAAACACUACCUUGCCCCCUACAACAAAGCAAUCGGGGAUGGAGAUGAGUUUGUUUCAAAUAGAUCUAGGGUUGGAUCACGUUUCUACGUGCAAUUGUGCAGAGAGAAGGGGUGGUUUGACCCUGUUUCGGAGUGAGGAGAGUAAUCUUCAAGUUUCCUUUUUCUCGCUAUUGAUAGAUCUAGGGCUGGUUUUGCUGUUCUAUAGGCAAUUGUGCAUAGAGAAACCAUCUCACAUCGUUGUUGUAAUUGUAGAUCCAGGUGGCUGUCAACAGCCAUCAAUAGGGUAUUCUGGCCAACUAGAGAUGGUUUCUCCUAUGCCUCAACGGCGUUUAGGUGAUUUCAAGGAUUUUUUUAGCAAAUCAGCAAAGGAGAGGGGCUUUCUCAGAUUCCAGUUGAUUUUUGCGAGAGGGGCCAAAAGGGGAGAACGUCAGUGGAGGUUGAUUGGUGACGUCGGUGGUGUUCUGCAAGGGAAGAAUGCCACUUCAGUCUCAAAAGGGGCUCUAGUUCCUUUAUUGAAAUUUGGCAACAAAGGCUUGCAAAGGAUUGGAAUAGUUAGGAUCAUGGUUGGGAGCCCAUGGCGACAAGAGAGGCGCCUGGGUUUGUAUGGAGGAGCAUGGCCCUCUUAUUGAUUGAAACUGUUUUAGGGACGACAUAUAGUGGGUUGGGGACUGCUGAUGUCGAAUUUUCCCUGCUCUCCCCAUGAAGCUUGCUAAAUAGAUGAGGAUGUCCAGU